AUGUCGGACUUCCACGUGCAUCCCCAGGCCACCGUGGGUGAGGAGGGCGGCGUGGCCCGCUUCCAGUGCCAAAUCCAUGGGCUUCCCAAACCCCUGAUCACGUGGGAGAAGAACAGAGUCCCCAUCGACACAGACAACAAGAGGUACACAUUGCUGCCCAAGGGGGUCCUGCAGAUCACAGGACUUCGGGCUGAGGACGGCGGCAUCUUUCAUUGUGUGGCCUCGAACAUUGCCAGCGUGCGGAUCAGCCACGGGGCCAGGCUCACUGUGUCAGGCUCAGGCUCUGAGGCCUACAAGGAGCCGGCGAUCCUCGUAGGGCCUGAGAACCUCACCCUGACGGUGCACCAGACCGCAGUGCUCGAGUGCGUCGCCACGGGCAACCCGCGCCCCAUUGUGUCCUGGAGCCGCCUAGACGGCCGCCCCAUCGGGGUGGAGGGCAUCCAGGUGCUGGGCACGGGAAACCUCAUCAUCUCAGACGUGAGCGUCCAGCACUCGGGCGUCUACGUCUGUGCGGCUAACAGGCCCGGCACGCGGGUGAGGAGGACGGCACAGGGCCGGCUGGUGGUGCAAGCCCCAGCCGAGUUUGUCCAGCAUCCGCAGUCCAUCUCCAGGCCGGCCGGGACCACGGCCAUGUUCACCUGCCAGGCCCAGGGCGAGCCACCCCCUCACGUCACCUGGCUGAAGAAUGGACAGGUGCUGGGGCCAGGGGGCCACAUCAGGCUCAAGAAUAACAACAGCACGCUGACCAUUUCUGGGAUUGGUCCCGAAGAUGAGGCCAUCUACCAGUGCGUGGCUGAGAACAGCGCAGGCUCAUCGCAGGCCAGCGCCAGGCUGACCGUGCUGUGGGCCGAGGGGCUGCCCGGGCCUCCCCGCAACGUGCGGGCUGUCUCUGUGUCGUCCACUGAGGUCCGUGUGUCCUGGAGCGAGCCCCUGGUCAACACCAAGGAGAUCAUCGGCUACGUCCUGCACAUCAGGAAGGCUGCCGACCCACCGGAGCUGGAGUAUCAGGAAGCAGUCAGCAAGAGCACUUUUCAGCACCUGGUGAGCGACCUGGAGCCCUCCACGGCCUACAGCUUCUACAUCAAGGCCUACACGCCUCGGGGGGCCAGCUCAGCCUCCAUCGCCUCCCUGGCCAGCACCCUGGGCGAAGCCCCCGCCCCACCCCCGUUGUCCGUGCGGGUCUUGGGCAGCUCCUCCCUGCAGCUGCUGUGGGAGCCCUGGCCCCGGCUGGCCCAGCAUGAGGGUGGCUUCAAGCUGUUUUACCGCCCAGCAAGCAAGGCCUCCUUCACCGGCCCCAUCCUGCUGCCUGGAACUGUCUCCUCCUACAACCUCAGCCAGCUCGACCCCACUGCGGUGUACGAGGUGAAGCUGCUCGCCUAUAACCAGCAUGGAGACGGCAAUGCCACAGUCCGCUUCGUGUCCUUGAGGGGAGCAUCUGAGAGGACAGCCCUGAGCCCACCGUGUGACUGCCAGAAGGAGGAAGUAGCCAACCAGACGUCCACCACGGGCAUUGUUAUUGGCAUCCACAUUGGGGUCACCUGCAUCAUCUUCUGUGUCCUCUUCCUUCUGUUUGGCCAAAGGGGCAGGGUCCUCUUCUGUAAGGACCUGGGCCGCGACGGGAAACUUGUGGACGUGAAGGAGCUAGAGCAGCUGUUCCCCCCAGCUGGGGCUGGGGGGCAGCCGGACCCCAGACCCGCGGAUCCCGCGGCCCCUGCCCCAUGCGAGGAGACCCAGCUCUCCGUGCUCCCGCUUCAGGGCUUCAGCCUUCUGCAUGCGAGGACGACGGAGGCCCUGGCCCCCUGCACGGGCCCCAUGGCUGCCCUGACACCCCAGGAUGGAGGCCCCCGGCCUCCUCAGUGA